AUGGAGGGAUUUCUCUGGUUUCUCGCCGUCUGCGUUGCCGUGUCUGGGGAGGUGGAGGUCGGCGUGGAGGAUUACGCGCCUGGGGUGGAGAUGGGUGUGGAGGUUUUCGUCGUUGAGCCGUUGAAGGAGAGGCAGGAGGGGGAGGUGAUCAUCAGGAUCCUGCAGGAGUUCGACUUCCAGAAUAAUUCCCUGACCCUCGUCGCAGAGCCGGAAGAACCGUGGAGAUUGGAGGUCGUCGAGCCGAAGAGCAUCGCGGUGCACGGCGAGAACGUGACGCUGAAGCUUCUACCUCGUUGGCUGGGUCGCACAGGCAUUCGCAUCACGGUCACGGAUCGAAUGGGUUCCAUCGUGGUUGAAGACGACGUGAAGGUGACGAUUUUACGGCAGUUGAGGCUCGUCGAUCAACUCUUCUUGAUAUUUCUCACGUGUAUGGUCGUGGUGAAUAACGUGAAUAUGGGGUGCCAACUGGAUCUCAGUGUCAUCAAGGCGACACUGAAACGGCCGAUAGGACCAGCAGUAGGCUUCUUUUCUCAGUUCACCAUCAUGCCUCUGGUGUCAUAUUUUGCUGGCCUGUGGUUGUUGGAGGACAGCUUUUCUCGGUUGGGACUUUUCGUCCUCGGCUGUUCCCCCGGGGGGGCGAGUUCCAACUUUUUUACCCUUCUCCUUCACGGGGACGUGGAUCUGAGCAUCACCAUGACGACCGUCUCUACGAUCGCUGCUCUCGGAAUGAUGCCGCUGUGGCUGUGGAUGCUGGCAACAUCCUUGACUCCGGAAGGAGAGUACACGAUCCAAGUCCCCUACCGCCAGCUCAUCCUCUCGCUCCUCUUUCUCACCGUCCCUCUCGCCUGCGGAUUGCUCAUCAAGCUGAAGAGGCCCAAGUGGGCGGCCAUUUCCGACCGGAUCAUCCGUCCUCUCACGUUCAUCAACAUUGGAAUCUACAGCAACCUCUUCGUGUUCAAGCUAAUGACCUGGAAGAUGAUCCUGGCAGGAGCGAUUCUCGGGGUCGGCGGUUUCUCGUUGGGAGCGACAGCGGCGCGCAUCUUCCGUCUCAGCCCGCCCCAAAUCAAGGCGGUGUCCAUCGAGGUCGCCCUGCAGAACGGCGCCGUCGCAAUGGUCGUGCUCAAGCUAUCCCUGCCCAACCCGGAUGCGGAUGUGGGGAUGGUUCCCGCCGUAGCGCAGAUUCUCGUCACGGGGAUGCCCCUUCUCCUCCUCGUUCUCGUCGUGACGCUCUGGGAAUGGAAAAGGGGAAAUCUCUCGCCGACUUCUUCUGACCAGAUCAAGCAUCCUCCUGAUCCCGAUGACCCCAAGGAGGAUCCCCCAUCUGAGGAUGACCCUUUCUUUCACGAUGGGAAUCUCAAUGAAAGACGAGUGGAUGUGUCUGGUUUCUAA